AUGGACAUCAAGACUUUCCUCACUGUCGAAACCUUCAUCAUGUUCUUCUUCCUCGCCCCCUUCUACAUCGUCUUCUCCUUCAUGAUUGUCGCCAACCGCCACGCCCGCAACGAGCGCCGCCUCACCCGCGAGCUCCACAUGAUGGCCACCGAGGAGGAGGCCCGCCAGUACACCAGACGUCGCCGCGAGGAGAAGGAGCGCGAGGAGAUGCGCGCUCAGGAGCAGUCCCUCCUGCAGGAGGCUGCCCGCCGCGCCGCCCAGGUCAAUCACGACAGCGACGAUGACGAGGGUGGUCUUCACAUCUAUCACAAGCACACCCGUGUGGCCCCUACGCCCCUCCCAACUCCCCUGAGUCGGGCCGCAAGCACAACUGAGUGUUCAGCGAAUGCCAUCACAUUCACCUCGGCUAGCUAUCACAGGAUCAUGCUGCCAUCGAGCUAG